CAGAGGUCAGACCUUGACCCUCCCGGGGCGCGGCAGUCAGCCCUCCGCCAGGGGGUGCCGGGCUCCGGGCCCCUCUGCCGGGCCCCCAUUGUCCGCACAGGUGUGAGAGCAGCUGAGACCCCGGCACCCCACGGGCUGCGGGGCCCCCGUGCUGGUACCUGCCACGGCACCCGGGACCGCCACCCGCGUAGACCCUUCCCCCGACUCCGUGUAGACCCCUCCCCGUGGCACUCGGGGACCCCUUCCCCUGCCCCACAUAGAUCUGUUCCCCUGGCUGGCACUCGGGGACCCCUUCACUUGCCCCUCAUAGAUCUGUUCCCCUGGCUGGCACUCGGGGAUCCCUGCCCCACAUAGAUCUGUUCUCCUGGCACUCGGGACCCCUUCCCUUGCCCCGCAUAGACCUGUUCCCUGCCCCGCAUAGACCCCCUUCCCCAUGGCACUCGGAGACCUUCCUCCUUACAGACACUUUUCUCCUCUGGAGCUCUCUUACUGACAUCACAGUCCCCGAAAGAGACAGGGAUCUAGAUCAGGAACCCUGCUACCAAGACACGCAGCAAUAGUUGCGAGAAAAGCAUAGAAUUUGGCAGGACAAGUCCACAAGCCUAAUGAUAGAGAUGUUUCUGUAUCUACUGGUUAUGUAACCUCUCUGUUAUACACACUGACACUCUCCUACAGAAAAAGCGAUACAGAGUGGGAAGGAGGUCUGCACCAUACAGAUCUCUAUGGAGAUACCCUCUUCAUGCACACACUAUACACACGCACAUAUAGUCAGAGAGAAAAACAUAUGGUAAUUGUGCUGGUACUCAAAUCUAGAGAGAGAACAGGUUUUUCUUAAGUGAUAGAUUGGAUUACUGGGUCUCAAUAUACCAUCAAAUAUUUGUUUUCUCAGGAAGAGUUGGGAAACGUUGUGGAAUUCUGGAAUCUACAGUAAAAGAACUGAGGAAUAUUUUAAAGCUUGACAGAUGCAUUCCAGACUGGAAAACUGCUGCAUUAUUCCUCCUCCUCCUCCUCCUCCUUCUUUAGAGAACUGACUUCUUAAAACAGAGGUAAGAAAGGAGAAUAAGCUGUAAGAAAAUGCUGGGAUCCGAACGUGGUGUGGUGGAAGAAUGGCUAUCAGAAUUCAAGGCAUUACCUGAAAAUCAAAUCUCCGGUUAUGCAUCAACGUUGCACCGGAAAAAAUCACUGGUGCCAGCUCUUUAUAAGGUUAUUCAGGACCCAAAUAAUGAGCUCCUGGAACCUGUCUGCCACCAGCUCUUUGAACUCUACCGUAGUUCUGAAGUUCGACUCAAGAGGUUCACGCUGCAGUUCCUGCCAGAAUUGAUCUGGGUUUAUCUGCGUCUUACUGCCAGCAGGGACAGACAGAGUAAUGGUUGCAUUGAAGCACUGCUUCUUGGGAUUUACAAUUUGGAAAUUGCUGACAAAGAUGGGAACAACAAAGUUUUAUCUUUCACCAUCCCUUCGUUAUCCAAGCCGUCAAUAUACCAUGAGCCUUCUACUAUUGGAUCCAUGGCUUUGACUGAGGGAGCCCUGUGUCAACAUGACCUCAUCAGGGUGGUUUAUAGUGAUCUUCAUCCUCAGAGAGAAACAUUCACUGCACAGAACAGGUUUGAGGUGCUCGGCUUUCUCAUGCUGUGCUACAACUCUGCUAUUGUCUACAUGCCUGCCUCCUCCUAUCAGUCACUUUGCAGGAUGGGUUCCAGGCUUUGUGUGAGUGGAUUUCCUCGGCAGCAUGAGAAACGCUGGAAAGAAUUCUGUAACAGAGUGGUACUAGAUCCUGACUUCAUGGUGCAACUGCUCACAGGUGUCUAUUAUGCCAUAUAUAAUGGACAGUGGGGUCUUGGCCAGGAGGUAUUGGAUGACAUAAUUUACAGAGCACAGCUUGAACUUUACUCUCAGCCACUGCUGGUUGCGAAUGCCAUGAAGAACUCGUUGCCCUUUGAUGCCCCUGAUAUGUCGCAAGAAGGCCAGAAGGUACUGAAGGUGGAGGUUACUCCUACAGUGCCCAGGAUCUCUCGGACUGCCAUUACGACAGCUUCCAUCCGCCGCCAUCGCUGGAGGAGAGAAGAUGGCUUUGACUUCUCAAACGAGGCUGACUCAAGCAUUCCUGGCUCCCCGAUCCAACACGGCUCCACAGACCUAGGGAUCAAACAUACUGAGGGUGUAAAUGGAAGAGAGGAAUCCGUGAACUUCAAUGAUGCUGACGAAGGAUUUUCAUCAGGAGCUUCCCUUAGUAGCCAGCCAGUUGGGACCAAACCUCUAUCGUCCACAUCCCAGAGGGGCAGUUUAAGGAAAGCAGCAAGUGGGCGUUCAGCUAAGGAUAAAGAAACAUCAUCUGCCACUAAAUCCAAUGAGAGCCCUCGAGAUUCAGUAGCUCGGAAGCAGUACCUGCACCAACCAACUGACCUUACUGCAGAAACAAUUGAGAUGACACCUACAAAGAAACACCUCAGCUUGCCUGCUGGGCAGGUGGUACCAAAAGCCAGUAGCUUGAGCCUGAUCCGGACCGCCAGUGCUUCCUCCAGUAAAUCAUUUGACUAUGUGAAUGGUGGUCAAGCAGCUUCCAUUGUUGGGGUUGGCACUGAGGGUGUUACUAAUCUAGCAGCUGGCAAUUCCAAUCGGUUUUCAACUAUCAGUCUACAGGAGGACCGGCUAGGCCAAGCUGGGGAAGGUAAAGAUCUCCUUACCCCAGGGGCUCCCCUUACCAAGCAGUCUCGAUCCCCAAGUUUCAAUAUGCAGCUGAUAUCCCAGGUGUAGCUUUGACUCCCCUCUUCCUCUUUAACCAACAGACAGUUCAUCCUUGGGCAAAAACAAGAACCUUCAUCCCACAGUGUGAAAAUACUGACCAUUGUGAUCUCAUUUGAUUCAGUUUAGAUAUCAUCCUGUAUUUUGUAUGAAACAGCAAUAAAUCUCCCCUCACCCCCAGUCCCUACCCCUUGUGAACAUGGUUGUGAAGCAGUAUAAAAUGUACUGUAUGCCUUUUCCACACCUUCCUUUCUCCUUGGGUGAUGUGCAAUCCAUCGUAGGCUGAUCAGUCCCAUUUCAACACUGUGAGACUGGUGAUAUUGGAGGAAAUGGUGAAUGUGAUCCCUAUGAGAUGAUGCUUUGCUUUGUUAAGAAAUAGAAACGGGUUAGUUUUAUCAGUCUACAGUACUGCAAAGACUACUGGAUCAUGAUUUUUCUUAGAACCAGGAGUGCCUCAGAGAUUCUAAUGUGACUUUGGACCUCUCUGAGUUUGUGCAAUCAGUUCUGGGGGAGGGGAAUGUCAUUGUUGCUCCUGGCUGACCAAUGCACUUUUCCAUUAAAAUGAGAAUUGUUCUUUUCCUUCCCCACCCUCACACCUCCACUCUCCUACUUCUGAAACUCUUCCUGUUCAACAGUGGAGACAUGCCUAUUACCAAGUCGUUGCCCCUCAGAUAAAGAGAGGCCUGUAAGUAGAGAACGUAGGUCACAGUGUACUACUUAUGGCGUUGUAGCCAUAUUUGUUAUAUGUCUUCCCCUCCAGGACACAGGGUCAUUCCGCUUACACACUGGAAUUUGGAAAGGCCAGACCUGUUGAAAUAAUUCAAAAGUGGGAAGGAGAGAUACUUUCCCAGAAAUAAUUAACUACUAGCUCUGCUUCUCUUUGUGUGAGGUGAUGAUCACUGAAUUGAAACAAGCGCAUCUUCAGGUAAACAGAGGGAUUCUCAGGCUGCAUUCUGUGGUAUCAUAGCUGUUAGGGAGCCUCUCCUGCUUUCUUAGCUGUUCCUAGCUCAGUCACAGUAUAGAUUAAGAAAUCUGUAGUCCAGACAUAAUCCUCCAAGGAGAUGCAUCAGGGAUUGAGAUACUGGUUUGCUGGAAACACUGAAGCGUCAAUGUGCAACACUUUCUAGAAACAAUGUUGGUAUAACGGGGUACUCAGUCUUUUCUCCCAGAAGGACCACACUUCACUGCCUUUGUAUUUACAAUCCAUUGCAUUUUGUAAAUAUUAUCUGAUCAUUUUGCUGACGGAGGCAGGCAGUCUCCUAGAAAACUCUGAACUCAUGCCAUUGAGCCAAGUCCUGAAUCUAUGUGAUUGAUGUAUGGGCAGCAAUUGGUACCUGUGCUAGAGAUCACUACUUAAAAGUACAUUUCUGAUUACAAAGGAGGAUGUUCAUCAUAUUUUAGCCUGUGUCUUUCUUUGGAUAACUAAGGAGAAAAGAGGAAGCUCAGUCUUUUCUCUCUUCUCUGUUGUGACCUGGAAGUUUACAGGCCAUUAACCCCUGGAACAGAUUAGAGUUACAUUUUUUCAUUAUGUAGGCACUUUUGUUUUAUAAUUUUCACUGUGAAAAAAUAUACACAAAUGGCUACAAAUAACAGGCUAUCUUUUGAUUUAUAAAGAUUGUACGAAAUUCAGAACUAAAAUGGCAUUACAUUGCUAGUGGUUAUUUAAUGUUGUUAAAAUGUUAUUUCGAGCUUUCUAUUCUUCUCUUUUUAACACCCUCAUUUCAAGUACCAUUUUUCCAAAGUGACUUUCAAACUUCUAGUUUAAACAGGUAAAGGAAGACAUUUUUAUGGUUGAAUGAGUUACUUGGUCUCUUAAUCUUCAUAUUUCACAUUCAAAGAGGAAUGAUAACAUUAAACAGCAUUCAGAAUUAUGCCAAAAUUUCAGUUAAACACUUUAAACACCAACAUUCAGUUAAGAAAAAAGAAAAAAAACACUUUAUAUUCUCGUUAAAAACUGCAGCUAAGUCGCAAGAACUGCCAGGGAUGCAUAAAGUGACAGAACAAAGACAAAAUCAGGAGUAGCCAAGAGGUAGUACCCUUGAGUAAAGUUGACCUAAAAAAUAUGUACUGUGAAAAAUAGUGAUGCUUCACAACCUAGCAAGAGAUGGCUACACUUGUCAGUUUAUUUUCUAGAGUACUGGCAAUGGAGACACUUAAUAUGAUGGCUGUGGUUGUGCAGAAGCUUGUCUGAUGUUUUUAAAGAGGAGUAAAGAUGUAUUCGGAACAGAUUAAACCAAAAAAGGAAAUAUUACUGAAGAUAAAUAUAAUUUCAAAUUGAUAAGGACCAAAUUAUUCCUUUAUAUUAGUUCUUGAGGUGGAAAUGUAAGUCAGGCGGUCAGGCUAGUUUUGGAAGAAUCCCAAUAUAUUUUUUCAAGUGUGUGUGUGUGUGUGUGUGUAUAUAUAUAUAAAAAAAAAUAAAAAUAGUAGAGGUAUAUACAAAAAAAUACAUAGUGAUGUUUGUUAGCUCUAUUGAGGUUCUAUAUUUUCCAUUGUUAGUUUUCACCUAAGGGAUUUAUAACUCUUUUAAAAAUUUUGCAUCAGGCUAAAACUUAGCAAAUAAAUUUCCAUAUCAUGAUCCAUUUCUUUUACAAAAUGCAGUUAAACCAGUUCAGCAAAAUGAAAUAGUCCUGUGAUUUCAAAUUGGGGAGUCAAAUGUGGGUGCUCAAAUUUGAAUUAAGAUUUAGUCACUUUUUGAAAACCAGUUUUGCAGGUAUUUAGUCCUUAUUUUGGUGGAGUGCCUUUUGUUAUAUUUUAUAAAUCUGUUAUAAGUAUUCGUUAAUCUGCUUUUGUGUAUAUGCACACUACUUUUGCUAUAAUAUGCUUUUUGAUAGAGUUCAAAUUCUGUCCCUAUUAACACCCUAGAUGUUCCACACUAUGGACUGACAUGAUAUACCAUAACUUGUCCAAAGGAUCCUUUGAGUGCUUCGUGUCAGACGUUCACUGAUAACCUCUCUGUGUUCUGGAAUGACUCAUCCAUUAACACAAAUGAAGCAGCCAUUAUAAUGUGUCAUGUCAGUGCUAUAUAUCAUUAUUGCUUUUAGAUGUGUCCAUCAAUCCAUGUCAAGGUAGUUGUGAAAUAUGAUGUACUGAGCUUCAGUGAACUUCAAAGUACUGUGGCAUUAAUUGAAAUGGAAAUACUUGGGAUACAAACAAAGAAUAAUCAGAGUUGACUUUGGAGGGUAUUGUAUGUUACUGUUAAACUAAGUACAAAACUAUUAAAAUAAUAGGUUUCUGAUAAUGUGACAUAGAUUUAGACUUAAGUUCUUUAUCGUUACCUCACUUUAUUGUCUCUCCGUAAUUAUAAUGCAUUUGGUAUGUAACAUCAUGCACUUGUUUUAGACCCUUGCAAUAGUUGAAUACAGUUGCAGUAUACAAGAGGUCAGAAUGCAGAAUACGACAUUCCUCCUUAUUUGAGAUAGUAUAUAUGCACAACUCUGAAGUGGGGAACCAUGGGUACUUGUAGCUAGGUGUAGAUACACAUUUAAGUAAGGAUAGAUGUAUUAUCCCUUGAUUUUAGCAUAACUGUGUACAAUAAUAUGCUGGCAUUUGUAACUCAUUUUUUUUCUGGGGCUUCAUAAUUUAAGGAAAUAUAAAAUAAUUGGCUGCUAAUUAAAUCUUUGAUCAGCUUUUAAGCUAUUUUAAGUGGCUUUUUGGUUGAGCUGUGAGCCAUUUUUCAUGCAGGCAGCAAGAUGACAAGUAAUAGCUGUUUAAACAAAUGUUGCAAGUGAAGAUUAAAUACUCUACUAUCCAUCCAUUUAGUUUAGUUUUCAGAAUAUAGAGACUUUGUACCUUAUUGUACAUCUCAAAUACAGAUUUGUGAUGUGACCUUGAAAAAGCCUUUUUAGGAGUGUGAACAGCCUGUCCUUCCAUUCUGUAGCAGUGAACAUUUUAUCACACCGGUUAUGUAUUAUAUCAGAUAUUUGUAUGGUUUGCAAAUAUAAUAGUCUCAGAUACAUAAAUCUGACAUUUCCAAAUAAAUUCUCGUAUUUCUCUUACUAGCUUAUAAGGUAAUUAAAAUCAUCUGCUUUGAGAUUGGAAUAGUGAAAAUAUUGUUUUCUGACAAAAUAUUUUAUUUGCACUACUUUUGUGAAUAGUAGAAUGUACUGGGGCAGAACUUUUUCUCACCAUGUGAGGUUUGUGUGUGGGUAGGUACAUACAUUUGUCACAUGUUGUCAAUCAAUUGCCUCAGUUGUGUCUGUACUGUAUAUAAAUGUAAACAUAUUAGAAAAUUAUGGGGGUAAGAUCCACUACUAAAUAGCGGCAAAUACAAAGUGGGUUGCUUUACUUUUUGGAUAAUUAGUAAUUAAUUUUAAAGCUUAGUUCAAGGGGAAAAAAAUUCAAAAUAAUGAUAAAAGGUUCACAAAUAUAUUUUGAAGAUUAAUUUUGGAACAGAUUAUUCUACACUGAGGCGAUUUUUAAAUCAACAGUUUAAACCUUUUUUGUCCUUCCAGAUAAGCCAGUUGCUACCUGCUUUUAAGAUUUCAGGUGUUUUAAUUUUCUUAAACCUGGAAACAAUUCAGACAAAUGGAUUGAUAGGUAAUUUCGGUUUGAUUUUUUUAAAUCAAAAAUAAAAAGCUCUUUAAAAUCAAAACGAUCUGAAGAUGGAAAUGACCAAAUUGACUUUUCAAGAAAAUAAAUUUUUGAAAUUAAGUUGUACAAAAUACUGUCCCCCUAAAUUGUGGAAAAAAGUGAUAAAUAGAAUAUGAGCUAAGCUAUUAUUUAUUAUGCACUGUACAAACAGAACAAAAAGACAGUCUUGAUAUUUUAAAUUCUAAAUCAUACAAACCCUAAAGUGUUGCAAUCUAGCAUUGCCUAAGUCUAAGACAUGUUACCAUAAUAUGUUAAACUUACUAUCAAGUGCAUUAGGUAUAUUUAUUGUAUCCAUUGGCAUUGUGAGAGUAGUUUGUAUGUGGACAGUGAACAUGUAUUUUUAUUUCUUGAGUCAGGAAUGAUUGCAGAACUCCAGGGGCAAAGCCAGAAGUAACCUGUGCCAGUCCAUUCCAAACACGUAAAAUAAAAAGGGCAAAUUCACUGUAGUGUACAUGCACUGAGUAUUCAUCUUAAACCAGACCAUACAAGAUUUGAUAUCUUGUUUGGUAUUUUAAACUUAGUGUUUGUUUCUAGGACCUGGGCCUUCUUGAAAAUUCCCUUGUUACUCCUCAUUUAUUCCUUGUGGCAUUUGGAUAAUCAAGGUUGUGCAUUACCCGGACGUUUAUUUAGAUAUUUUCUAUGGCUGAAGUAUAAAUGAACAUAUAAACCCUUCUUUCAAAAUUGUCAUAAUAGAUCAGCUGAGAGCCCAGUAUAUAUACCGUACCAGCCUAUUACAUUUUGAUGGAAGACAAUGGAGAGGAGUGGGGGAAACUGAUCCGUCACUGGUACAUCAAAACAAAACACCCCAAGUGAGUGUGAGAAUAAGAUUUUGCAAGGCUGGCAUAUAUAUGUUCAUAUGACCAUUGCUAAUAUUUUUAAUAUGGCUUUUUAAAAUCCUACCUUAUUAAGCCCAGCUUGCAAACAGGAAGCAAGAAAAUAGCUGUAGGCACUUAAAAUAAUGAAUACAUUUUACCUGAGGGUUGGCUAGGGUCAGUAUCUGUGAUAAGAAUAAGUUCCAUUUAUUUUGUAGUUAUCCCUAGAAGUCUAAUACGGAGAACCUCAGAUACAAUCUGGAUGAAAAAUUAACUUUUUAUCAGUGGACAAUCCAUCCCAAGCCAGACCGUUUAAUUCUAGAUUUAACUAAAUUAGAUGCAAACUGCUGUUUCUGUUUCAAGAUUUAGUGUGAUCCCUAUAGUACAGAAAAGCAAAUUCCUUUUUAUCUGUCCUACAUGCAUGAGACAGUAUACCAAAAGAGACCAUUAAGGGACCAAAUGUAAUUAAAAUGGGGUCCAUCCUUCAAUAAAUUGUCCCUUCUAAUGUAAAGGAUUGCUUUUCUAUUCCUGUGAGGAAACAUGGAUGGAAACAUGUUGUAUAGUUAUUUUGAGAUCCUGGACUACAUUUUGAGCUAGGAUUUUGUCAACUAAUUAUUUUGUCAUGAAUUCCUAUUACAGGUUUACAAGCAGUGAAGUGUGAACGAAUAGAGCAGAAGACCCCUGUAUUUUGACUGAAUAUUUCUGUCAAACUACAUUUAAAAAAAUUGAAUUUCCAAACAAAAGAAUUAAUCGGCUCUAGAAAAAUCAAGUUAAUUACUGAAAUGUCUUCAAAUGAGCAAAUAGCUAUAUUGUGUCUGUAACACAGAUAACUAAUAGUUUAGACGUAUCCUCCAAUAAGACUAGACUCCUUUAUGGUGCUUUGUCACUGUAUCUUUAUUUCAGGUGUAGGACAAUUGAUCCUGCUCUUUUCCAGCACUGAAUAGGAAAUUUAACAGGUUGAUAGUAGCUUCUCUAAGUAAAUUAAAUUUCUUCUCCUUGACAUUAUAGGACUUAGGAGUGACAGAAAAUAAGUUACUGAAAUUUUUCCCUCCAGUUCAGACCAUUCACUAGUCUUGCAUAUUUUUUUGUUUAUGAAAAAUGUUACUAGCAAAAAGUACAUGGCUUCUAAUUUGCAGUCAGUAUGAGUUAGCAGUCACUCAGGAUAAAUUACUUAUCUUUGCAAAGUACUCAUGGGUUUGCUAGUGGUCAAAAUGUUUGUGUGUUCAAAUAUGACUUGGAAACAUUACAUUGCUGCAAGAAAACAGUAAAUACUUUUGGGCAAGGGCAUUACUAGUUGGUUAUUUAUGGAAUGAAACCAUGUAAUAAAGUAAAUAACCUUAAGAGAGUCAUUUAAUUGGAAUCAUUUUUCCAUAUCAAGGACACCAGGCAAAAGCUAGUAAAGAUUUUGAAUAAUUAGGUCAUUUUAACACAAUACAUUUUGAACUUACUAUGGUAGCUUUUAUUUGCUAUAAGUAAACUGAGGUACCCCAUGCUGUGUUUUUUAAAUUUGUAAUAAAUUCCUCUACUUUACAAUGAAUCUUUUGAGUCUUACUGUUCGUGUAACAAUAUAGAAUUUGCAGUCAGUUUGACUAGCAAAAUUAAACAAUCUGCAAGGAUUGAGAUAGUAUUUUCUUACUGUUUCUGUCAUACAAGGUUUGUUUCUCUGAACUAAGGUUUUUGAAGGAUUUUUACUACUUUGGCAUUUUAUGUAAUCUUAUCAUUGUCACAAAAGGAAUACAGGCAGCAAAUAACCUACUUUCUGUGGACAAAUCUGUUUGGCAAAAGGGCUUGAAUUGUGUAGAUGCCCUUUUUUCACCAGUGUGUAACCCUGCAUGUUGGUAUGCACUCCCAAACAUUCAGGAUAUAGUGCUGGUGAAAAACUAAACAGAAUGGGUAGUAAAUGCAGUCUCUGUUGCAUGUCGUCCUUUAACCUGGGACCAGUGAAAAAUCUUCAUUCUUACAGAGCUGAAGAUAACACACAUUGAAGAUCAUGUUAUUGGUGCAUGUAAGCCAUUAUCUUAACUGUCUUACUGAAACUGGUUAAUGCUGUUGAUCGUUGUUGAAAUGUGAAAUGUAGUUACUGUUGACCUUGUAUAUAUUUGCCAGAGAUUAAAAAAAUAAAGAAUAUUUUAAAUCACUGUAAAUAGAGAUGUAUAAAAUGGAAAACAGUCUGCAAUGCAGAAUAUAUAUAUAUAUACAUACAAUGUUAAAUAAAUAUUGUGUUUCUGGAUGAAUGUGUA